AUUGCUAUAAAAAUAAAAAAUGCAAAAAUUACAGUUAUCAUUGGCAAUAAUAAAGCCUCAUGCUGUCAAAAAUCCUGUUGCGCUUUCAUACAUAAGAAACGUUAUCAAAAAUAGUUUUAUCGUAGUCAAAACGAAGAGAAUUUCCUUAGAUAAGGAAACUGCUGAAAAUUUUUACGACGAGCAUGUUGGGAAGUUUUUUUUUAACCGCCUAGUAACUUUUAUGUCGAGUGGCUGCAUAGAUCUGCAUAUUAUAAGCCAUACAAAUGCGGUAGAACUCUGGAGGCGAAUGCUAGGCCCCACUAAAGUUUAUAAGGCACAGUUUGAACAGCCUAAUUGCUUGAGAAGCAUGUUUGGUCUAUCAGACACGAGAAAUGUUGCACAUGGAUCUGAUUCAGACACAUCAGCCGAGAGGGAGAUAAAAUUCUUUUUUCCAGACUUUUCAUUCUACAACUGGCACACCCAUGACGAAGUAACAUACAGAAAAGGACCUAUCAUAUUUAACCAUCAUCUUUUUCAACAUGUUAGGAAAUUGUAGACCAAAGUUUUUAUUAGUUUUUUAAUUUAUAUUGUUAUCACAGUAAGGGCCGGUU